AACUAUAACACAUACUUAUGGAAGAACAAUUACUGAUUUAUUUGGGCGACGUUUCGAAGAGUAUUCUCUCAACGUUUUCAAGCAAGUACAGUAACAAAUGUGUAGAGCAAUUAUAUAUAGACAAGCAAUAACAACAAUUCAGAAACCAUGCAUGACAACAACAAGAUCAAAGGAUUAAAAAACAACAUGAUCAAAGCCAAUAUACAUAUGACGGAUUAUAGGGAUAUAAUUGCUGAAAAAGGGACAAUGUGUAGCAGCAGAAAAUCUCGGUUUAUUUAUAAAACCACAAGAUAUAUUAAAUAUUAUGUCUCUGUUGUGUUUAUACUGUGGUUCGUUUAUUUUUUACAAUUCUGGAAUAUAUUUCUACCCAAAUAUAAGCAUGACCAAAAGCACACUCCAAUAUUUAAUGAGGGUUAUUUAUUGAAUAAUAAGACUAUUUGUUCUGGCAUUGCGCAGAUAACAGCUUUAGUCGUUGUGCACACCGCAACCCAUCAUUUCCAACGAAGAGAAAAUAUUAGAAAAACAUAUGGAUCACGUGACCUGUUCCUGCCAGCGGAAGUUCGAGUUGUGUUUUUGUUGGGGAAAGUUACAAAUCCGAAAACACAAGAUGAUAUAAACAGAGAGUUCAAUAAACAUGGCGAUGUCGUUCAAGGCGAUUUUAUCGAUUCUUACCAUAAUUUAACCAUAAAAGGAGUCAUGGGUUUGCAUUGGGUGUCAAGGUAUUGUCCACAUGUUAAAUACGUCGUGAAGUUGGAUGAUGAUGUGAUAUUCGAUAUGUGGAAAUUUCUUAAUGUGUUUAACGCUAACAACCUCUAUGCGUCUAAAACAUUAUACUGUGAUGUUAGCUUCCAUGGAAUAAUCCGUCGAGUGGGGAAAUGGGCUGUUCCAGAUCAUAUCUUGAAGGGGCUUGCUAAUUACCCUUUUCCUCACUGUUAUGGUUUUGUCGUCAUUAUUAGUGGUGACGUCAUAUCCGAUUUAUACCGAGCGACGUUCAGAGUUCCAUUUUUCUGGGUCGACGAUGUGUACUUAUUUGGUAUGUUGCCGUACGAGAUACAGGGCAUAUCCAUCAAACUUUUCCGAAAAGAUAUGAUACUGAAGCCCAAGUUCGACGGAUUAAAAUGCUUACAAGAAAAGGGCGAAAAAUGUCCUGUUUUAGCCGUCACCUAUUCAGACAAUACAUUCAAUGAUAUAUGGAAACUGAUAAAACACCGAAACCAUUUCACUAAGACAGGCUCAACCUCGGCUAUGACUGUACUGCCUCGCGUACAGCACCGUGUUUGAAUUCUGUUUGGCGUUACGUUAUCACUUUUGCAAACCACGAAAAGGACUGUUUCGUUUGUACCAGGCACUUGAUGGGAUUUAUCAUACUGAUCCAGUGGACACUAUUUAUUGUUGUUGUUUAUUGCACAUUUUACGCCCAAUACAUUAUAUAUGAUAUUAUGGGCAGGUUGAUUUAAUUAAGAUUACAUGUAUUUACAUAUGAUCGAAAGAGUAAUAAAACAAAUUGGCAAAAA